UAUCGUGUUUUGUAUUCAUAAUCUUGAAGCACCGCCCAUUCGGCACAGUCCUAUGACUAAUUCGAGUGACUGUAAACCUGUCAGUGAAGGCGGGAGGAUGAGAGGGUAAACUUUUAAUGGACCUGAGCUAGUUUUGUCUGUACCGGCGGAACAAUAAUAGUCUCACUUAUGUUUAACAAUACGUGACUCCAAACAGAACUGGAGCUAGUACGUUAUUUGAGCAGCUUUUCCUAAAUAAGCGCGCCAGCAUACAGUGUUAGUGUUCGUGCUGCUUUGAAUCUAAGUUGCUAAGCUAACGUGAAUCUGUUAACGUCAGCUUUUGGGCAGGUCUCCUUCUCAACUUUAGGCUCAGUGAAAUGGACACAAGAAAACCAAAGGGAAACGAUGCCAGCCUUCCUUUCGCUGCUCUCCAGCUGCUCGCCCCGCCUGUGCGCCUGAUGUCUGCAGCCCUGUGGAAGGUGCUGAAGCAGAGGGAUGUGCUGCAGUAUGGGGUUGUGGAGGAGUUUGUGACCUCCGCCUGUGAGGCUGUGCCAGGGUUGCUCACUGUGAGACACCAGGGCAAGCUGGCAGUGGGGCUGAGAGCAAGACUGAUCUUGGAGUUGUGCAGUACACAGCCUGAUGUUGAGGUGAUUGAGGAACAUCUGGAAAGGGUCUGUGUUCCUGCUGGACCUUCUAAGAAGAAGGAUGUGAAACUAAUGAGGACAGUCAGAGAUUUCCACUCUUUGAUUCGCAUGUUCUUCACAGACCCAGCAAUUAGAGAGAAGUUCUUCAAGGAAGUUUUUCCUGUGGAUUACGGAACAACGUUUGACCAGGAACUGGAAAAGCUCCUGUGGGAGUUUUUGGUUCGAUUGGACCAGCUGCUUCCAGUUCCCAACCUAGCUCAGACCGUGGCGUGGCUCGCUGACGCCCCCCCUGUCCUGGAGGAGUGUGCACGGGCGGCCACGCAGCCCCAGCUUCUGAAGAUUUUACUUCAGCACGAAACCUGUCUGGGUCACCUGGAGUCAGCAGCAUCACUACCUCAGAAUAUGGGAGACUCCAUCCUGGCUUCACUUUCUUUGCCGCCGUCUGGAAGAGUCCUGUCAGAUCAGCUGACAGCAGCCAGGAAGUCGUCAGUGGACGAGUCCAACGGCUCCAAGCCAGCAAACCAAACUUCAUUUAUCACACCUGUUAUUGGCCUGAUAUCUAGUGAUGACGUCCCAGUCAUGAACUCUGGCCAUAAAAGAACACAGAGAAGUGAUGGUCUAGCCAGCGAUGCAACGGACAAGCACCUGAACUCAAAGUUUACUUCAGUGAAAACAAGGCAAAAACCCAAAAAGGGUGGAGCAAAAGAAGACAGAGCGGAGCAGGAGAGGAGCACCUUAAGCCGAAGCAGUGGAGUGAAGCGCAAGCAAUCUGACAGAGGAGAAAGCGACUUGGAGGAGGAGGAAGUUUUAGGUUUAAUGAGACCUGUGGAAGACAGACUAAGCAGGCAGACGCAGAGUAAAAGUGACCAGAGAAGGACGGAAGAUCGAGCAGAGACUAUAAAAAAAGAGGGAUGUAGCAGGGAGGUCCUGGCAGCCCGUAUGAGAGAGCUGGGUCUUAAAUCGCUCCAUCUACCUGCAGAUCAACACCUCUGCUCCGUUUUUGCCUCCUGUCUCAGCGUGCAGCCCAGAGUUAUCAUUGAAAAAAUGUCUGACACUUCUCUCAGAUCAAACGAGUCCAGCACAGGAGGAAAAUCCCCUUAUAAGCCUCAAAACAAGUGGAGAAGGAAGUCGCCAGCCAAAGCGCAGACACAGAGACGAACAAGCAGCUGUCUAACGCCAGACACAGAGUUUCCUGGCUUACAUGAUAAAGAAAAUCAUCCAGUACUGCAGAGCGCGAGCAGCUCUCCCUCUCAGCAGCGCAGUAACGCAGUGCCGGCCGUUCCAGGAGACAGUGACGACUAUGUAGCUGAUUCAGAGGACGAGGCGACGAAGAACUUCAAAGUCAGGCUGUUUACGAAACGUUACUACAAGACCAAACACGGCACGUACGUCCCCACCCUGAGGGAGUUCUGGAAACCUGCGAUGACCCAGCGCCACUUAUGGUCUGCUGCAAAUAAACGGAGGUGAUGGGCUUUCCUCCACCAGCUUCAUGGACAGAAAAGGGAAGUCUUGUUUUCUUUUGAAUGCUAUUCUGACUAAAGGAUGUUUUUAUCUUCCAUUUGCUUGAAUUACACCCGAUUCAGGCUGAUUAAAACUUGAAUAUGUAGUUUGACCAUCAUGGAAAAUAUACCUCUGCUUACAGGCAAGUUCAUACAGUUUUUAAAUGGGUUUUGUCAUUAUAUUGUCUGUUACAAAUUUGAAAUAUUUUUAUUUGAAUUAUGUAAUAUUUUAAGCCUAUAAUGUUUGUGACAUUGUGUAUGUGUUUUUUG